UGUGGUUGUGACAGCAGUGAAUGAAGCAACACUCAAAUCUUUGCACAAAUCUACGUAGUGUGACUUUUUAAUCUUUCUUUUUAAAAUCAUUUAAAGGUUACAUGGAUUUUGCUAGAGGCAUUGCCAACUAAGUAGCAUUGUUUUAAAAAGCUUUUAGAAUAUUAUUUUUACUCUAGGGUGAUAUUUACAUACAUCAUUAAUUUUUCUUUUUAGUUAUUCACCCAAUGUAAUUAAAAGACAUUGUCUCUAGCCUCUUUCAGGACAGCAGUGCCCCCUUCCCAGUCAGCACAGUAAUGCAUCCAUUACAUAUAGACUCAAGAUUAUAUGUAAUGAAUUGGAGCUUUGUUGUGCAAAGGGCUCAAAUGUGGUUGUCAGAAACUGCAUAUCUUAUAGGGGAAGAAAAUGGUUUAGUUCCCUAGUACCUGAAUGAUCAGCCAUGGUGUCACAGUGAAAUAUGAUAUAUGGUUUGAAUGGAAUUGUAUGAAAGAUGAAUGAAUGAGAGCUAAUAAUUUUGGAGACACCAUUCUAAAAGAUUGGGGCCUGCAAUGACAAAAUCAUUAACUACACUCAUGAACUGUAAUUAAAACUUGCUGAACUGCUGACAUUGAUAAGAACUGUGACAAUGAUUAACUGUUGAACUUUUGGAGGAAAACAACGUGUUUACAUUAAUCAGAGAUAAUGGCUUUUAAGUUAAGGAAAUGUUUACACAGUUUCCUUAUGUUAAAAAGGAAGUCAACACAGACUUAUGCUGUUACCACCACCAAUUACACAGAAUCAACAUCUGCCCAGAAACUGAGAUGCAGCCAGGAUGUUUCAGGAUGGAAGAUGUCUAUCAUUCAUUUACAACUUUGGGACAACAUCAACGAAACAUAGCAAUAUAAAGACCUUAUUACAAUCCAAAAAUUGUGACAGACAGCAGAGCUGUUCACCCACCAGGCUCUAUGCAGAUGGUGUAUGGAAGUGUCAGAUCUGCAAUGGAAAGCAGAAUUCUGGAUGCUUAGCCUCCUUUUCUCAAGGGAAGAGAAAGGUGUGAGAUUUGGAGUCAAACUCUUUUUGGCAUUUUGGCAUUUUAGAAGUUUUGUGCGCUGGCAGUAUGGCCUAACAGGUAUUCUUCAUGGAAGAAGAAUGGAGAAAUGGUGAUGUAUGCAUGAAGAUGAAUGUAUGUAUAUGUGUGUGAAUUCCACUUUUUCCUUUUGUUAGCCAAUGUAACUGUAGGUUGUUUGUGAAUCUAAUGUAGUUACAUAUAAUCUGAACGUCUGUAUGCCCAAUGUCAUUCUUUGUGUAGUUCUGUAAAAGUUCUGAUACUCUCUCACACUGAAAUUGCAAUAAAAAGAACCUCUGUUUAAAAAGUAUUCAUGACAAUGGUGAUACAGAGAGAGUUUUCUGCUCUGGUAGCAUUUGAGAACUGCAAAAAUACAAGAGUGCCCCCCGCAAUGUAACAAGGAAGAAAAGAAGAAAGAGGUUGAUUUUUCAAAAGUACCUCUACUUCUGAAAAAGUAUUUAAACAGUGCAGAGGACCCCUGGAACUUAUUUACAAGGCAAAUAUUUGCUCUUAGGAGCUUCCAGGAGAAUCAUUUCACCUAUUCGCUCCCUUCGGUGGUUUAGGGUGUCUGGAGGAGUUGAGGGUCUUCUGUGGCCACAUUUUUCCUACCUCAUCCUGGCAGGCCUGCACCAGAUAAUUCUUUCUGCUUGCUUCCUCUGAUGUAUAUUGGGAAACAUUAAGUCUCUUUGCAUUGCCUAGUUAGGCAGAGUCCAGUUACCAUUGCCACUGGAAAGUAGCCAGCCUUGCACUAAAUAAACCAUGAGUUGCCUGCAUGACAGCACCCAGAUGCAGCGCUGCCAGGAACCUCGUCUUAGCCAUCCAGAGGGCCAGGGAAGUGCCAAGUAUCACAGGUGGGGCCAAAAGCUUGUUUUACAGAAUGCUGAGAUGCCUGCUUUGAAAUAGGAAGGCUGUAUAAGAUGUGGCGGGAGGCUGGGAAGUGGAUGAAAGUGAAUGUAAGAAAGAAGAAUGGAUGUUAUGGGCAUGGGACAAAAGGAAGGACGGGAUCUUGCGAAGGCCAAACAUUUGCCUCCAAGACAUACAUGUGGGGAAAGAGAAAGGACAUUUCAAUAAGGAGAGGUCAAAUGAGGCUGCUGGGAGAAAGAUGGUGAGGAGUAAAGGAACAGGUGCAUUUUCUACUCAGCCUCAUUUGCUUAUCAGUCCACUUCCUAGGGUGACUAACACCGGGGAAGCAAUGGAAACCCACGCAGCUGCUCAAUCUGUGUCCCUCUGCCUUGGAUACCUCUUGGGUUUCCUGCUCCAGGGGGUCGUUUUACUUUGUUUGCAUCGCUAGUGAAAAGCAGAUCCCGGCCGCAUCAUGUGUCUGACCUGAUAAGCUCAGAUUCCCUCCCUGUUCUCCGACUUCAAUCUCACUCCCUGCAAUAAUAAUAAGACAACUUGAUUAGGUUUGGAUGGAGAGUGGGCAAGGGCUGGGGGAGAAGCAGAUGCCCAUUCCCUCCAUCCCUCCCACUCCCAAGCUUGUCUCUGGACCUGGGGGACACCAGGGUUGAUCCCUCCUAAGCCGAUUUGCAAGGGAGGAAGUCUCCGUGACUGAAAGAGCAAAGAGGAAAGGUGCCUCAAAGAGUGAAGAAGAGAUAAGGAAGAGAGCAAGUGGAUGAAAAGAGAUCCAAUGAGAGAGGGAGGAGAGAGGAAAGUUUAAGCAGUUUAAACUCAGGGACAUAGUUUCAGAGGGGAAAAAAUUAGGUAGGAAGUGGAGGAGGCAAUGCAUGAAGUGAACAGGUAAUGCAGGUGUACAGAAAAGUGUUUUCAUUUUCUCGGGAUUAGUUAUUUAGAAUUAUGGCCGCCCACCAAAAAGGUUUGCGGACUGUUCACAUGUGUGUAUUAUAUAUAUAAAUGUAUAUCCGAGAGUGCAUGAGCGAGUGUGACAGUACAAUAUAGUUGUGGGCAAGCAAACUACACCAGGGCACAGUACCAGCAGGGAAGAAGCCUAGGGGUGCACUAGAGCACCACAGAGAGGUAUGGGAUCCAGGGGAAAAGGCAGAGGUAGCGUGGAGAAGGAUUAAAUCUUGCCCAAGUAAAGUUUGGGUUUGUCUUCUUGGAUAGACAGCUUCAAAGUAGAGGUGCGCUCAUUGCAAAGCUUUCAACAUGUUCUUUUUUCUCCGGGAGACCCAACGACUGAGCAGUGAGGCAACAGAGUCGCGGGCAUCCCGGGGCUUCUCCACUUUUCACCAGAGAUCCAAAAGCAGACGUUCCCACAGAAAAGGAAGUCAGUCCGGGGAAGAAGACAGACAGAUCAUGGAGUGGCCUCGGCUCAGAAGCACUUUGGAGAUGACCACAUCUACCGCCACCCUCUAUGGCACCAACCUGAGGAUGGAGGAAGAGGGGAACGUGGCCAGAGCCAGAAGGGCCAAGGGGGAGCCAUUGCGAGGAGCAGUAUCAGAUCCAGGAAAGGCCAGUUCAGUUCCUACAGAUGAGGAAAGCCCAAGCAUCUGUGAGAUGGAGCCCGUCCUCACCUCGGUCUUUGGGCAGGACAGAGAGCUGCGGCCAGAGGAAAUUGAGGAGCUAAAGGAGGCCUUCAAGGAAUUUGACAAAGACCGUGAUGGCUACAUCAGCUACAAGGACCUGGGGGAAUGUAUGCGCACCAUGGGUUACAUGCCCACUGAAAUGGAGCUCAUUGAAUUAUCUCAGCAGAUCACUGGAGGAAAAGUGGAUUUUGAUGACUUUGUGGAGCUGAUGGGUCCCAAGAUGCUGGCAGAGACUGCAGACAUGAUUGGGAUGAAAGAACUACGGGAUGCCUUCCGUGAGUUUGACACAAAUGGCGAUGGGCAGAUCAGCAUCGCUGAGCUACGUGAAGCCAUGCGUAAGCUCCUGGGGCAGCAGCUGAACUACCGUGAGGUAGAUGAGAUCCUCAAAGAUGUUGAUCUCAAUGGGGAUGGCCUUGUGGACUUUGAAGAAUUUGUGCGGAUGAUGUCUCGCUGAGAGCUGCUAAUAACAGCCAAGGGAAACGUGCCUUAUAGAGCUGAGAGUCUUCAAGCUGCCAUACAUUCCAGGGUAAUGAAUCUGAUCAUCUGGAGCAAGGGCAACAUGAAAGAACUUCCCACACAUCCUGUGUACCCUGCCAAGAGCCAAACAAUCAGUUCAGAAAUCCAGAGAUCCACAGCAACUUCACAACUUGCAGCAGCAUAUGACUUGACCCCCAGCCACCACCUAAUCUACUGCAGUAGUUGGUCUCUCUAACUUUGGAUACCAUCAUAUCUUGACUCUGAAUCAUUUGCUCUACUGCUGAACUUUCACGUUAUGCAUACCUUAAGGAGGGAGUAGGGAACAGUGUUAACCAACACUUCAUAAAACUGGUUCUGCAUACAGUUGUGUUCCAAAUAUUCCAAAUGCCUAUUUGUUCUCUCCAAGAGGAAGCUUGUUUUUACCUUUCUCUAUAUAUAGUAUCUAUGUUUUAAAAUGUAUUUUGUUUCCCACUGUGGCCUGAGUUGUACUACUACUACUACCACCACCACCACCACCACCACCACCACCACCACCACCACCACCACCACCAGUACCUCAUUUCUGGGGCAUGAUGUCAUUACUAGCUAGCCUUCCUAUGUCCAAUGGAAGUGCAAAAGUGAUAGAAAGGGCAGAAAAAAUGUGGCCUGGUUCUUGACCUGGAUACGAUGACAGUUGCUCUUGUCCACUUUAAUGACUAAAUGGGAUUUAUGAUAACCCAAACAUUCAUAAGAACUGAUGGAAGAAACAGGGAUGAUCCUGAAAUGCUUCUUCGGUGACAGGGCUAAGAAUUGGAUGCUGCAUUCCACUGUUACCAAGACUCACUUUUCUUUUCCUAGGCUCUGCAAAAGUUAGACUGCUUUAAAGACCGUUCUUCAAUUACACAUGUAUAGCACAUAUUUCACCUAUACUUGGGCUCAGAAUCCCAUAUGCUUGCAGUUUUCAAACUGUGCUCUGGAGAAUUCUGGGAUCCUCUGGAAGUUUAUUAGAGGUUCUCCACAAUAUAAAACCAGUAAUGGUUGACUAACUUUCCCCAUUAUCUAUUUAAAAUACCCAGACUUACAGAAGUGCUGGGUGAAGUCUAAGUUCAUGUAUAGCGGUAGGGAGGUCUAACAGGUCUGGCCUAGCAUCCUGUACAAUAUGGGUACAAAAUUCAGGAAACUUCUCAGAAUUACUUGCAACCCAGAGAUAUUACCUGAGAUGCACACCAACAAGUAAAUCAAUGAGAACAAGAUUGCUUGAAUUCAGAACAUCCCAGUGCCCUACAGCUGGAAAUGGAACACUCUUGGAAAUCUGCACUUUUCCACUGAAAAUGAAACUGAUUAUUGUUGUUGCUGUUUUCUCAGUUCCACCUCCUAUUGAGAAGGAAAAUACAUUUCAGGAAAGAUAGUGUCCCUUCACCAUAUUGUUCCUUCAUUUGUGCAUAUCUCCUAAAUCGAUCUUCUCACAGAACUAAUCUGACUGUAUCAGAAAGCUUGUUCAAACAAGCUCAUUAAACUAGGUUGCACUAUGCAUUUA